AUGGUCAGCCACCGUCUGGAACCCCCUUCAAAACAAAAGAAAGCACUCCAUGUUGAACACCGUGACCGCAUUCAGCGUGUAUCAGCAUUUGUUGUUUGUCUUGGAGCAGCUGCAACAGUGAUUGCAGCAGCAUCAUCGGAGAAGGAGGCAAUGCAUACAUCACCUCAAACUGGGCAGAAAUGGGUUGAUGAACUGCUAGUAGGUAUGUCACAACUUGAUCUCUGCUGGACUGGAUACACUGGGACUGAUCAUACUGUGAUGUGUUUGACUUGCAGGUCACAGGGACCGCUUCAAACGUGCCAUGGGAAUGUCCAAAGGCGUUUUCAAGCGUUUGCUGUUGGCACUGACAACUCAUUGCGGUCUACGAGCAACAAAGCAUGUAUCACGUGA